UACAAAUAACAGAUCCCGAUAUAUCGCGAAUAUAUAAAAUCCUUAAACCUGAGUCAGAUGAAGAAGCUAAAGAUAUUAGAAAAAAAUAUGUAGUUAAAAACAGUAGGGUAUACAGGAGGGUUGAUGAUAGGCUUUGUUUAGUAAUUCCUCGCAAUGCUCGAUGGCAAAUAUGUAAAUCGAAUCACGAUGACGCUGGUCAUUUAGGUGUAUCCAAAACAACCGAGAGAAUUCAGUCUGUUUUCUGGUUUCCUAAGUUAGGUAGAUUUGUUAAAAAGUACGUAAAAUCCUGUAUUAAGUGUGCUUAUAAUAAGGAUAAUAUGAUGCGACAUAAGAGUGGUCAGUUGUAUCCGAUACAGAAAGUAAGCAUUCCAUUCCACACCAUUCACAUUGACCACUUGGGUCCAUUUGUCAAAAGCAAGAACGGCAAUGCUUACAUUCUCACCCUAGUGGAUGGAUUUACCAAGUAUUUAUUUGUAAGAGCUGUUAAGGAUACUAAAACUAAAACAACGGUUAAAGUAUUAUUGAAUGUUUUUUAUGACUUCGGGUUACCAUCCCGAAUAAUAUCGGAUCGAGGUACCUCUUUUACUUCAGCAGCCUUUAAAUCCUUUUGUGAUACUCAUGGUAUUAAACAUGUGUUAAAUGCUGUAGCGUGUCCCAGAGCCAACGGCCAAGCCGAAAGAUACAACCAAACGAUCUUAAGUUCACUUGCAAAAUAUUCUGACGGUGAGGACGAACGGAACUGGGACAUGUCUCUGGGAAAAAUUCAGUGGGGAAUUAAUAAUUCCAUAAAUUCCACCACUCAGAAAACGGCUACUGAGGCAUUGUUUGGAACCAGAUUGAGAGACGGCUUAAGUAAUUUGCUAGAUGUUAAUAAUGAGCUUAAUCCAAAUCUUACAGAAGUAAGACAAGAAGUUCUCGCAAAUAUUGAAUCUAGCCAGGCUAAACAAAAACAAAAAUACGAUCAAAAUAGAAUUCCUGCCCCAACUUAUAAGGCAGGGGAUUUAAUUAAAAUAACAAGAACUAAUUUUAAUAAUAAAGGUAAUAGUACUAAGCUGAUGUCAAAAUUUAUAGGCCCCUACAAAAUAGCGGAAGCUUUGGGCAAUGAUAGGUAUAAAGUUGUUGAUAUACCCGGUUUCAGUAAACGUAAGAAUAAAUUCGAUAGUGUGGUAGCAGUAGACAGGAUUCGACCGUGGAUCAGCAUAAAUAUGGCCGAAAAAAAUUAUGAUGUAGAUCCAGUGGCUAAUAGCAGUAGUUCGUCCGAUAGCGAAAGCAAUAAUAGUGACAAUGAACUGUCACAAAGUCAACCUGAGCCCAAAUAA